CAUGAGGAUUAAUCCUCUGCCUAGUUCAAUCGGAAGGGGAUCUCCCAAGCAUUUUUCUCACCGAGGCAUCCUUGAAAGGGUGGACUUAACUGGAUUGGGAUAGAGAGACCAAGCGAACAGCAGCCCUUGCUGUCACGCAACCCGGACCCUGAUACCGAUAUGCAGUGACCCAGACCCAAAUCUUCCCUGAUGUAAUUAAGUGUUACGAAGCAUGAUCUGGUUUUGAGUCAUCUGGCCACAUCACUGCAGGACCUGAUCUGUUAUAAAUCGGGCCUGCCCCGUGGCCUAGUAUGGAACCCCCUCCCCAAACAGUCCCUCCUCGCUUCUACACCCAGGAAGUCUUUGUCCCUCCUAGAAAUGCUUCGACAGUCUCUCCAAAUCGCAAAAAAGGCGACCCAGAAGCUCUACACCCAUGACGACCCCACUGACCUGAGUCUGGACCUGAACAUCACAGAACCUGCGGUAUUUGUGCCUACAUAUACAGACAAGCCGGCCGUCCUUCGGGGUACAUGCCAACUGAAAGUGAAGGAGAAUCUGACUGUGAAAAGGUUGACGGUGAACUUCCGUGGGACGAGUCGGGUGACAUGGCCGCAUGGGCUUCAUGACACUCAAACUGUGACGGACAGCACGUUGACCCUGCUUAGCCCACAGGCUCCAGAUGCCGCAUUGCCCUCCUAUUCAGGCGCUCAAUUAGACGAAACGCAGACCUCAUCCCUUGGUAAAAGGUGGAGAUUGUGGAAUGCAGUCACAUCCACGUUAUGUUCAAACGGAAGCUACGGAAAGGCAUCAGGACCAAAGUACCAACGUCUAUCUGCCGGAAUCCAUACGUACGACUUUGAGAUGGUGUUGCAUUCUCAUCUCCCCGAAUCUGUCCAAAUCCGGCAAUCUCUUGUUCGAUACCAGGUCCGCGCGUGUGUCGAGUGCCCAGGCUUCCUAAGGCGGAGCGUGGCGCGAAACCAGGCCAUCACAACAGUUCACUGCCCAGCCGAGGACAAUGUGGAAGAUGCCGAGCCAGUGUACGUUGCGCGGGCCUGGAAAGGACUCCUUCAAUGUGGGAUCCUCGUUUCGAGGCGAGGGGCUCCCCUCGGCGACCGGUUGCCUGUUUCCGUAUCGUUCACGGAAUUGGCGAAAGCCGAGUUCCGGGGCCUGCGGGUUUUCCUCUCGGAGAACGUCCAAUAUCACCAGAGGGAUGGGCUCGCAUGCUGCCCGGGUCCUUUUAGACGGGUCCUACUAUAUGAAAAAGUGGAGGGGUCCGUCUCCACUCCGUCGCUCCACCGGGUCGGGAAUGUUGAUGACGAGCGCCCAGAGUCGGAAGCAAAGGGCGACGGGGCGAUAGCGAAAUUGUUCGGGGAUCCCGAGAUGCCAAGUGGACCAGUGCCCGACGAGGAGACCACGCUGGACCUGACCUUACAAUUGCCGGGAUGUCACCUCCAUUCCUCCCCGGAUGGCACGCAAGGCAUGCACUAUGAUACUCGGUACAAGAACGUACGGGUGAGCCACUGGCUGGAGUUUGUGUUCGUGGUGUGCCCAAAAGAAUCUUUCGGGUCGAACAAUGAUCGCAUCGUGCAGAAAGUGGCCAGAGUUCCACUGGCGCUGCGGUCCUGUUAUGCCCAGCAUGCCAAUGCCUCUCUUCCGGCGUAUUCCUGAAAAGCCACUAUGGUCGAUAAUUUCGUUCGCACCAGUCACCCGCGCGACCGGGAAGAGGGAGGAUCCGGGAGAUAAGCAUUAAUAAGAGCGGUUGAGGCGCUGGGUGUACCACUGGACCGACUGCUCCAAAAGCCGGGAAAGCUUC